GCACAUGUUCACAAGACAAGGGAAGUCGACCGUUCUCGUCCUACUUCUGACACCCACCGCGUCAUUCAAUGGGCCCACCUCGGCCGAGGCAGGUUUAACAACAACAGAUGCUUGUCGCUGACGUUGUAAUGCCUCAGUCAUUUUUUCUUGAACACUGAAAUCGGUUCCGUUCCCGCAAUGAGCCGUAUUCUACGAUGUGGAUGAACAUGUCGAGCAAGGAAAUCACCUUUCUGCUGGGAACAUGAAAGUAAUCAAGGUUUCACCACUUCUGUCUGUCUGCGUCUUCCACUCAAUUGAUUGAGUUGUAACUUCUACAAAAAUGUAACCCUGAACCUGUUGGUAUGUCUGCCGGCAAACAGCAUGAAUACUACAUGCAGGCCUAUAAUUGUCGCUAACAAUGCCCAACAAAUAGUCUAUUUUGGUCGUCCUGGGUUUGAAUCUGUGAAGUUCUUCCGCCAUUAUGAGCCACCAAGGCGGAAGUAGAAACAUUGUGCACAUCCCAUGCGAUUAUUGCUGUUACUGCCGGACUGCGCUUGCAGGAGGAAACAAAGAGCGGUACACGCAUACGUGAGGUCUAUAGGCUCCGUGUUUCCGAGUCGAUCUGGGGAGGCCUACCUUCUUCUAAGAGCAUCCGACGGGGGGAAGUAGUAACAACCAUGGCGAAUGAUACAUGGUGCAUUCAGGUACCAGUGAUCCUUGGGAAUAUCUCGGUCUGCCGCGGUUGCAACGUCACUCACACUGAGGAAUAUGUGAAGCCGCCCGAGCUGCCGGAUCUUUCGAAAUACAAGAGCAAGUGUACGCAAUGGCCCCGCGCCCAUCCGUGUUGCGAACCUUGCCCUACAACCACUGAACCACCAACUUCCACAGGUACAACCACAACCAACGCAACAGGUACAACUUUAAGCACCGCAACAGGUACAACCUUAACCACCGCAACAGGUACAACCUUUAUAGGUACAACCAUUGCCACUGCAAUAGGUACGACCAUCAAUGGCACAACGGGAUUCACCCCAGGCGGCACUAUUACAUCUACGGUUACUCCUCAAGUUCUUCCUAAUGUUACUUGGAUGUAUUCGCUUUUCACAUUGCUUGGAUUCAUGGUCUUCCUAGCCAUCAUUAAUUGGCGUAGAGCUCGUCGAGUUUCAAAAGCCACCCAAAAGAAAGACGACCAGAUUUUACUUGUCUACCCUCCGAAUCCGUCAUCCAAGAAGUAUUACAGAUUGCGUUUCGGCACGUCAAAACCCUCCCCUGUUCCAGACAGUCCACCAGCCCAGAAAAACCCGGCUUUCGAAAACGAUUACGAGAAGGAGCCCACCCACCCUAUGAUGGAGUCGACAGCCCCGGCCAACAAUCAGGGUUACGUGAGCAAUGUCGAGGAUGAAACUGGCGGGUCGGACAAGGACUUUGGAGACGCCAGUCUGGCAAGGGUUAAGCUCCAACCUGAUCCGAAUGAAAAGAAGUCUUCGGAGAAGAUGAAAGGUGAGGAUAAUUAGCCGGCUCGGAAUCUGUUGUUUGCGUCCGUGGUCUAAACGGAGAGGGCGAAGACACAGAACGAUAGUAAACACUGGUAACAAAAAUGAACCUAACAUGAACUUGAUUGAAAAUUGGCUUCAUUAGUACAAAAAUCUGCUCUUAAAGAAAAAGGUAAA